AUGAUGCUUGAUGAUCUUCCGCUAACUGCUUGUCGAAAGCCAACGAGAAGCGCAAGGAGAUACCAGCAUGGACGGACACUUAUUGAUAACAUGAUGAACAAUAAACUUCGCGGUUUAACAGGAGAUCUACGCCGACUCAAUGGAAAUCCAGCAAAAAGCAACUUUUCCAUGCGAAUUCAACUGCUUGGCUACACUGGAAAAUUAGAGGAUGUGAAUAUAAGACACCUUAAUCUGAUUUUCAAAAUUGGUUUUUGGGAACCAGCUACAGAGGUUCAUGUUAAUAUGAGUGGAGAUUCCACAGAACAGCUGAGAACGAACGUACAGGUUUCUGACGAAUUGAAGCCACAUUUUCGUGUCACUACAAUUAUGGAAAGACCGUAUGUGAUGUUGAAGAAAAAUCACUAUGAACUCUAUGGAAACUUCAAAUUUGAGGGAUUUUGCAUCGAUCUAUUGGCUGAGUUGUCCAAAGAUCUUGGCUUUACCUACACUAUUCAUGCUGUGAGGGAUGGCAAGUAUGGUAAUGAUGUCUACGGCAAUGGUACAUGGGAUGGAAUGAUUGGCGAGAUUCUUCGAGGGGAGGCAGAAAUGGCGGUUGCACCACUGACGGUGAAUUUCCGCCGAUCGGAAGUUGUCGCCUUUACAAAACCUUUUCUAUCGCUUGGAAUCAGUAUACUCUAUAGGGUGCCAGAUGAUCAUCAGCCUGAUCUCUUCUCCUUUCUCAAUCCACUCUCUUGGGAAAUUUGGAUGGCUAUCCUUGCCGCGAUAUUAUGCGUGACCCUCGGCAUGUAUAUUGUGUCAAGAGUGACACCUUAUGAAUGGAAUCUGAACUUUUCUUGCUGCACAGCGCAUCAGCCACAUCCUGGAGCUGCUUUUGUGGAUUCGCCCGUAGAAUUAUCAAAUAAUUACAGUUUCUGGAAUACUCUUUGGUACGUCACGAGUACUAUGCUAAAAGGCGGAUGCGAUUUUGGUCCUCGCGCUGUUUCUACAAGAUUAUUGGGAGGUAGAUUACAUUUCACUUAUUUUAUAUUUUUUUAG